AUGAGCUCACCAACCUCGGCCCCUGCGGCCAAGCGCUCCAUGCCCGAAGACUUCAAGGCCGACGUUGAGCAGACCAAGCUCGUGCCCUUCGAAAAGGUCGAUGCGCUGCUCACAGCAAAGGGUACGCUGCUCGAGACCGAAGUCAGGUUCCUCCACGGACGACUGACAACCGUGUGGAAGCAGCUGCCCAACUCGGUUCGCGACCUGUGGCUCUUUGCCGCCUCCACCUACGCCUCGAACGACUUUAUCGUUGCCGAAGGCGAGUCGCACACCUACGCCGACGUGCACAAGCGCGUCCAGCUCGCUGCCACCUGGCUCCACCGCCAGUUUGGCGUCCAGAAGGGCGACCGCGUAGCCAUCGUCGCUCGCAACCAUGUCGAGUUUGUCAUCGGCUUUUUCGCCAUCCACUUGCUUGGAGCUGUGCCGGCGCUCGUCAAUGCCUUCUUGCCCGGUAAGGCUAUCUACGACUGCAUCCGGGACGUAGGCUGCAAAACGGCGCUGUUCGACGUCGAGCGAUACCGACGUUUGCGCGAUGCCGAGGAGGACUACAUCCAGAAGCUGUUCACGCAGGCUGGACCGGAGUGUGUGGAUGACUUUGGCUGCACGCCUGGGGCGCAUGACGGUUUGAGUGGUGUGGCUGUCUUUGCGCGUGCUUCAGGUGGGAUCCUGGCCGAUGCCGAGCGCGAAUGGGCACAAGGCAAGGCGGGGAACAAGGUGUUUGAUGCUAUCGAGCUCGAUCGCAAGUACGCUUCGGCGGCGCAGGCGGCUGAUGCGAUUCCAAAGGUCGAGGUCCUGCCGGAAGACAUGGGCUCGGUGCUGUACACUUCAGGCACGACGGGCAAGCCCAAAGGCGUCGCUGCGACACACCGUCAGUUUCUGUCGGCUGGUCCCAAUUCCGGCUUCACCACGGCACGCGCGUAUGUCCGUCGUGGUCUCACCCCGCCCGUCCCGCAGCCGGGCGACGAGCAGAUGUCGUCGCUGCUAUGCAUCCCUCUCUUCCACUCUACGGGCAUUCAGUCCGGUCUCUGCCCCGGCGUGGCCCGCGGGACCAAAAUCGGCCUGAUGCCCAAGUACGACGUCGACGCGGCAGCCAAACUUAUCCAGCAGCACAAGAUCCAGGUUGUGGUAGGUAUCGGCUUCAUGGUGCGAGAAAUCGUCCUGAGCAACUACGACCUGCCUUCGCUUCAGGCCGUCUCGCACGGCGGCUCGUCGAGCGCCAAGGAGCUACCCGAAGAAUCGCGUGCCAAGCUGCCUGGCAUGUUCAUCGGGCAAGGCUACGGCAGCACCGAGGUCAACGGCGCCGCCUCGGGUCUGGCGAGCGACGACUACCUCGCACGACCCACCUCGGCGGGCCGCGCGCCGCCUACGAUCGACAUUCGCAUCAUCAACCCGGACACGCUUGUCGAGGUGGCCAACGGCGCCACGGGCGAGAUCUGGAUCCGCGGGCCCAGUGUCGCUCUAGGGUAUUGGGGCAAAAAGGCCGCGACCGAAGAAGCUUUCACCAAGGACGGCUACUUCCGCACCGGUGACCUCGGCCGCAAGGAGGACGACGGCUUCAUCUACGUCAUGGACCGCUCCAAACACAUCAUCAUCCGCGGCGGCGAGAACAUCAGCGGCACCGAGGUCGAGACCGCCAUCUAUUCGGAGCGCAGGAUCAUCGACUGCGCUGCGGUGCCCAUCCCAGACGACCGCUUCGGCGAGACCGUCGGCGUCGUCUGCGUACCCCGCAUCGAGAACCAGAAGCAGAACAGACCCACAGAGCAGGACGUCCUGGCAGUUGCGCGCAAGCUGCUCCCCAAGCACGAGGUGCCCGACUUUAUCUGGAUCCGCGACGAACCGCUCGAGCGGAACGCCAACGGCAAGGUGGACAAGGCGAUCGUCAAGGAGGCGGCUCGCAAGAGAUAUGCCGAGAUCAAGGCUGCUAGCGCCAAGCCCAAGUUGUAG